ACACGACGCCAUUUUCACUCUUUCCUCCUUUUUACUUUCCUAAUGCGGGACGGGAUGAGAAGGAACUCCUCGCUUGCUCUGGUCUCUCGCUCCCUCUCUCGUUGGUGCAAUCGCCGGAAGGAGGAAAAAGCCGCCGUGGCUAUUGCUUGCUGCGGCCGCCUAUAUGGCGACUUAGAGCACCAGCUAGUUUGCUAAAGCUUGGUCUCAUGAACUAAUGAGAGGAUUGAGCUCAGUCAUAGAGCGCUUUGCCUCUGCUUAUGCUUUGUCCCGCGCUUCUACAACGCAUUGUCAGGCCAUCAAAGUUGGAACACUUUCCGAUAUAUAUACGGCCAACAACCUUUUGAACCGUUACGUGCGUUGUCGCUCUUGUGGUCUUGAUGUUGCUUGCAAACUGUUCGAGGAAAUGCCCCAAAGAGAUGCUGUUACUUGGAACACUAUGAUUACUGGGUACGUGAAUUCUGGGAACUUGAAAACUGCUUGGGAGGUUCAAAUUUAUAAGGGGAGAUGUGGGUUCUAUGCAGACUUGUACAACUUUGGCAGUCUACUAAAGGGUGUUGCUCUUGCUGGCUGGAUUGAAGCUGGAGAGCAACUGCAUUCCCUGAUUGUUAAGAUGGGUUUUGAGGAGAGUGUCUAUGCAGGAAGUGCCCUCCUGGAUAUGUAUGCCAAGUGUGGGAGAGUUGACGAUGCUCUUAUCGUGUUCCAGGACAUGCCUCAACGCAACUCCGUAUCAUGGAAUGCCAUAAUUUCUGGGUUUGUAAAGCUUGGGGACCGUGGCACUGCAUUUUGGCUGUUUGGUUGCAUGGAGAAGCAAGGCGUGAGCCACGAUGAUGGAUCUUUGUCUCCUCUUCUCACGUUACUUGAUGAUGCAGACUUUUAUAAGUCAACAAUGCAGCUUCACUGUAAGUCCAUAAAAUGUGGGGUGGAAUUUGAGAACACCGUGUGCAAUGCAACAAUCACUGCUUAUUCUGAAUGUGGUUCCUUGGAGGAUGCGGAAAGACUGUUUGAUGGUGCAGUUUUUUCUCAGGAUACAGUCACAUGGAAUUCAAUGCUGGGAGCAUACCUUGCCCAUGACAAAGAGGAGGCUGCAUAUGGACUUUUCAUGGAGAUGCAAGAGCUUGGGUUUGAGCCUGACAUAUAUACUUAUACCAGCAUUUUAAGUGCUUGUUCUGAACGAACACUUCAUCUUGGAAAAUCUCUCUAUGGAUUGGUGAUUAAGAAAGGACUCCAACAUUCUGUGCCUAUCUGCAAUGCAGUAAUGGCCAUGUACAUCAGUUGCAAUGAUAAACUAAUGCAGGAUGCAUUGGCUGUAUUCCAAUCUAUGGAAUCCAAGGAUCGGGUCUCUUGGAACUCCAUUUUAACUGGAUUUUCACAAAGCGGGCUAAGUGAGGACGCCUUGAAAUUCUUUAAGCAUAUGAGAUCCUUGCUGGACACUGAUCAUUAUUCUUUCUCAGCUGCCCUUAGGUCUUGCUCGGAUCUAGCCACUCUGCAAUUAGGGCAACAGAUUCAUGCUUUGACAGUCAAAUCAGGUUUGCAGUCAAACAAUUUCGUUGCUAGUGCAUUAAUUUUUAUGUAUUCCAAAUGUGGAAUGCUAGAAGAUGCUAAAAAAUCUUUUGAUGAGACCACGAAAGACGUAUCAAUCACCUGGAACUCAAUAUUGUUUGCAUAUGCUCAACAUGGACAGGCUAAUGUCGCUCUAGACCUCUUCUCUGAGAUGAGAGAGAGAAAAGUGAAGUUGGAUCAUAUAUCAUUUGUUGCAGUCCUGACUGCAUGUAGCCACAUUGGAUUAGUAGACCAAGGCCGUCAUUUCCUAAAAACCAUGGCAUCGGACUAUGGGAUUCCACUUCGGAUGGAGCACUAUGCCUGUGCAAUAGAUCUCUUAGGCCGAGCUGGACAUCUAAAUGAGGCAAAGCUGUUAAUUGAAUCAAUGCCUUACAAACCAGAUGCAAUGGUGUGGAAAACUCUGCUGGCUGCUUGCAGAGCUUGUGGUGAUCUGGACCUAGCUACGCAAGUGGCGAGCCAUCUGCUUGAACUGGAACCAGGUGAGCAUUGUAGUUAUGUCAUUUUGUCAAACAUGUAUGCACGUCUUGGGAAGUGGGAUAAGAAAGCCAGUCUAACGAGGCUAAUGAAGGAACGGAAAGUGAAGAAGGUUCCUGGUUGGAGUUGGAUUGAGGUUAACAAUGAGGUUCAUUCUUUCAUCGCUGAUGAUCGGUCCAGUACACAUUGUCAGGAGAUAUACAGGAAAUUGAAUGAACUUAUGGAAGAAAUGAAGUGGUUGGAAUCUGUUGUUGGUACUACUUUCGAUUGGUCAACUGAUGCGUUGAUGGAGAUCUACAACGAGUAAUAGCUGGAGGUGGUAAGUUUGUGACGUUUGGUAUCGAGGACUCAUCUGCAACGUAUGUAUGAGUGAGGGAUGUCUCUUUGGAAUCAGCUUAUGCAGAGUAAUCUUACAAUAUAUUAAAGGGGUUUGGAAAAACCACCCCUUCCACGUAAGCUUUCCAGGCUUCCCCACGUUUCUCGGCAUUUAGGGGUAUUUUUUAUUUUUAAUAUAUUUUUUCCUUCCUGACUCCCGUUACCUUCUCCUUUUUAUUGUGAUUUUGCUAUUUUUUAGUUUUCCGUUAAGGCAUUGAGAGAGGAGGGAAAUUGGAGAUUGUGGAGAUAUGGAGAGAGUAGAAAAACUAUAAGUUAAUUUAUUGUUUAUUAUUUAUAAUUAUUAGUUAGCACUAUUUAUCAUCUAUAAGAAGUAUUUAUUUAUCUAAUUAAGAAUAAUUGUUUACUAUUUACACCAAAAAAUUGUUUACACAGUCAAUUAAUAAUAUAAAUUAUUUUUUUUAACUAUUUAUAAUUACUAUUUGUUUUAGCCAUGCAAAAUUUAAGAAAUGUCAAAAGACUUU